UCAUGAUGUCCAGCCAUAAUCCAUCUUUGCUGUGAAUGCGUUUCCUUUCCUUCCUAAAAAGUGUGGUUUAUCCCUAUUUAUAGAUUUUGUAUAAAUUUUGGUGUGUUACUUAUAGUUUUCCAUUUGUGAUAAUUCGUAAGGAACUUAAAGAGAAGAUGUCUUCAGGAAGACCAAUCAAGUGCGUGGUGGUCGGUGACGGCACUGUCGGAAAGACGUGCAUGCUUAUAUCGUACACCACAGACAGUUUUCCUGGAGAAUAUGUACCCACAGUAUUUGACAACUAUUCAGCGCCAAUGGUGGUGGACGGAGUAGCAGUCUCAUUAGGCCUGUGGGACACAGCAGGGCAGGAGGAUUAUGACAGACUUAGGCCUUUAAGCUACCCACAGACUGAUGUCUUCCUCAUAUGCUUUAGUGUCACAAGCCCAUCAUCAUACGAAAAUGUUACUUCCAAAUGGUAUCCAGAAAUUAAACACCAUUGCCCUGAUGCACCUAUUAUUUUAGUUGGGACAAAGAUCGACUUGCGAGAUGACCGCGAGACCCUCAGCCUGCUGUCCGAGCAGGGCAUGUCACCGCUGAAGCGGGAACAGGGACAAAAACUGGCAAACAAAAUUAGAGCCGUCAAGUACAUGGAGUGCUCGGCGCUAACGCAACGCGGGCUCAAACAGGUAUUCGACGAGGCCGUGCGCGCGGUGCUGCGGCCGGAGCCGCAAAAGAGGCAUCAGCGGAAGUGUCUCAUCAUGUAAAUAUGCCAUGAUAUCACUCAACGUGACAGCAGUUGAAUCUCCAACAGUAAUAAUAUGUUUCUACACCGGUCUUGCUCACAAUCCGUUGUAUAUUCGUGAAUACUCUCUUAGUUGGUAACAGCAAAUCUCAAUAUGCUCUCUGUAAUAGGCGCUGUUUUUUUGUCAGAGAAAUGGUAACAAACUUUUAUAAGUAUAACAAUCGCGAUCGAAUUAUAUCUCAACAUCCAGAUGGUUUCUGGAUAUGAAUGGAUCAGUAUUCAACAUUUGAAAUAGGGACCCCUGUUCAUUUCACUGUUUUUGUUAUAUAAAUGUUUUAAAUUUAACAUAAAAUGCUAAAUGAGAGCAUUUUAAAAUCCUCGAAUAAUUACCAAAUAAGACAAAUAAUGGGCUUCAAUAAUUGUAUAUUUCAAUGUAUGAUAUAAUACUUCCUUUGACAAUUUCUUAGAAAUUUAAAUGUGCCAUAGACAACAUUCAACUUUUUUUAUACAUGUGAUAUUUGGAUCAUCACAAUUUAUAUAUUGCUCCAGAAGCAAGCAAAUCAUUAUGCCAAAGAUUUAUGAAUAGAUUAUAAGUGUCAGUAAAUAUGUAGAUAUUAUUGUAAAGAAUCUCCAACGGUUAGAAACAAAUUGUUACUGUUAAGAAUAAAAUGAAUACUAUUAUUUUUGUACAUGCAACCUCGAUAGGAAGCUUUGAGAUAUUAUAUUCUUAUGCGACUUCCGAACAAGGACUGACCUUAGACGCUAGUUAUAUUGACAUACUCAAUUAUAUGUUCAAUAAUUUAGUUGCGAAAAGAUUUCUAAAGGACGCUCAGUACGAACAAUUUCAUACAUUGAACCACCUGUUUUUAUCUCUUUUGCAUGUGAAUAUUUAUAUUCCUGUCCCGCUCUCAUAACGGGGUUGAUUGCCGGUAUCAUAGGUGGGGCAGAGAUGGGAACACGCGGGUCAACGUACGAACUUCUUCGUUUUUGGCGUCAUUACUUUAUGAUUAAACAUUUAUAUUUGUAUGAGUUUGAAGAAAUAUAUUUGUUGUGGUUAUUUAGGAACGUAUCAUAUGCUUUAUAAAAUAAUCUAUAGCUUUAGUAGCUAACAGUUUGUACGAGCGUGCUCGAAAUAACCUGUAGGUAUGUCUUUUGAUACGUAUUUUCAUUUUGACUUAGUAUUUUUACUAUUGACAGUAUACAUUGCAGCUACUUGAGUUUUUAACUGUUUGGUUGGUUAUAAGAAAGCGAGAUAUAUAUUUGUGUCGUAAACUUGCACUUAAAAGGAGGCUAGCCAAAAUGACAAAACAAAAAAUGUAUUUGUAUGAGCGAAGCUACUUAGGUCACGUGACUAUUUCCAAAUACUAUUUAAGUUUCGACUGGCGAGUUCUUCGACUCGGUUAGGCCUCCUUAUCUAGUGAUCGAAGUGUAUGUAGGUGGGUGGAUCUAAUUUUUUGUUGUUGUAUUCCGCUAUGUAGAGGACCUUGUGGUCUAGGACUAGACCCAUCGUAUUUUACUAACAUAUUAGUAAUUGCCUAUAAAAUAAACAUGGAUGUAACACGUUGACAACGAGUGACUGCAACCCAGAAAAAGUCAUUCACCUAUGUACAUAUGGUAGAAAAGGGACCUUACAGUAACAUUGCUGAAUGGUAUGAUCCCUUUUUCAGUUUAAAGCCAGAUAUGGUAUGCUCCUACCUGGUAAGGGCAUGACACAUUGUAAGAGAAACCAUUUGCAAACUUAUUAAGGGGGUAAUAUUAGGUAUAUGAAAAAUUCUAUUGUAUGAAACCGUAUAACAAUUAUUUAGAAAUAAAUUUAACACUGCAAGUAAAAACCCACUGAAGAAGUUUUUGAUUUCAGAAAUGUCAAAAAUAAUGUUAUUGUAAACUGUUAGGUAUAUCCUACUUACUUAUUUUUAGAAUUUUAAUAAUAGAACCAAAAAAAAUAUUGAUCGAUCCAGAUUCGCUGGAAGUAGAAUAUACAAUUGUAAUAACACUAAUAACUGAAAGUGUCCAAAUUUUUAUCCUUCUAAGGCCUAAACCUUCUAAACCUGUUCAGAAAAAUCUUGAACACGAAUGUCGCUCGAGUAAUUUUGACACUGUCAUUUGUGUUAUUUUCCAUUCUGGCGAGAUAAAUUAAGUAUUCGUGAUCCGCAAGCUAACAGACGCCCUUACUCCACGGUAGCGGUUACAAUUAACUGAAUUAACCUAACUACAGGUUGGCAAAAAAAGAGUAGAAAUUAAAUAGAGUCAACAUUGUUGUGUCAACCCCUUCAAAUCAAAACAUGUAAGGAAAGUGGACUUACUAGGAGGUUGACACUUUUUAAGUUUGACCCUUUUUGCCAUGCUGUGCAUGGGCAUACCUAACUAUUACUUAUUCAUUAGUUUAAAUAUUUAACACAAAAAACAGUAUGGAACCUGUAUCAUACUUCAAGUUGAAUGGUUUCUCAUAAUAAAUAGUGCACUCUGCACGAUUAUGUUUAUUAAAGGCGUUUUAUUUUAGUCAUUCGUUAGGACAAAAUAUUUUUGUAUGCAUGAGAAACUAGAUUAAGGAUAACAAAGCAUUUACAAUGUAUCAUGACGAAUACGGCAUUUGUUUUAUAUAGUUUCUUAAACAGUUUUAUACUAGGCCGCUUUUGUUUACAGUACGCUUUGAAAGUAACGAUUAUGUAUAUAAAUAGGUAUCUAUUCAAUUAUUUAUAUAAGAACAAAAUGCGCAAUUUAAUACUAAAUCAUGUGUAAAACUGCACUUAAUAAAUUAUUGAAUUUA